GAAAUUGGAGUUUUCUAGAGUGAAUCUAUAAAUUUUGCAUACAUUUAAUGUGAAAUAUAAAUUGCUAAUAAAUAUUUUAUUUUACAGACAGAAAGUUAUGAUAAUAUGGUGGGCUUCAAUAUGCUUAAUUAUCGUUCUUGUAAAAAUCUGUGGAAAUCCUGUGUUGAACAUCACACUUUUUUUCGACUUCAUGCUCCUCAACGUCCAUCUCGUCGUCUAUUUUUUGGAGUAGGAUCGAAAUUUCGAUAUAGUGGAAGAACAGAAUAUCAAACAUUGGAAGAAGGUAAAAAAAGUGCUAGACCUGAAAGAGAUUUUGCUAGGACUGUUAGUAAAAGAUAUAUGGGUCCACCUGUGCCUCGUGUAAUUCGUGAGGGAUUAGAUAUUUAUGGAAAGAAACCACCAAGACCAGUUACAAGGAUUAAUGGAACAUCACAUAUUAGACCAUAUGACAGUUUAAGUAAAAUUAAAAUUUCAGAAUCUCAUUAUAUUCCUCGGAAAGCAUGGUUUACUCCUUCAAGAAUUUGA